CUCUAUAUAUAAGAAAUACACGAACGGAGAAUCACAUUUGUAGAUUGAAGAUCGAGGAAGUCGUCGUCGUCUUCUUCUUCUUCAAUAUUCAAUUCUUCCGAGCUCUGCAACGAAGUUUUUUUUUUUUUUUCUUUUCUCGAUAUUCAUCAGCUUCCAUGGCGCCUUCGUCGUUGCCGGACGAGGUCAUCUCAGAGAAGACGGUCUGCGUAAUGGACGCCUCCGGCCGAGUCGGCUCCGCCCUCGUGAGGAGGCUCCUCCGCCGCGGCUACACUGUCCACGCCGCUCUCCACGGUGAAUAUGAAAUAGUGGAAGGGGUAUGUUGCAAUAAGAAGAAAUUGAGGGUUUUUCCAGCAGACCCCUUGGAUUAUCACAGCAUCAUGGACGCCUUGAAGGGCUGCUCUGCCUUGUUCUACUCCUUUGAGCCGCCUUCUGAUCAUCCCAAUUAUGAUGAAUAUAUGGCCGACGUGGAGGUGAGGGCAGCACACAAUGUACUCGAAGCGUGCGCACAGACGGACACAAUAGAGAAGGUCGUUUUCACAUCCUCCAUCACGGCCGUUAUCUGGAGAGACGACCGUAACUCCACGCCGUCAGAUCUUGACGAGAGAAACUGGAGCGACGUUAACUUUUGUAGAAAAUUCAAGCUAUGGCAUGGGGUAUCAAAGACACUAGCAGAGAGGACAGCAUGGGCACUAGCGAUGGACAGGGGAGUGAACAUGGUGUCUGUAAAUGGAGGGCUGCUCAUGGCAGACCAUCUCACCAUCUCCAACCCCUACUUGAAAGGAGCCGCUGAGAUGUUCGAAGAUGGAGUGUUUGUGACUGUGGAUCUCAACUUCUUGGUUGAUGCCCACAUCUCUGUUUUUGAAGAUUCUUCCUCCUAUGGCCGCUACCUCUGCUUCAACCAUGUCAUCAAUUCUAACCAAGAUGCCAUUCACCUUGCCAACAUGCUUCUACCUCCUCAAUCAACCCCUCCUCCUCAAAGUUUGGAGGAUACAAGAGUUUAUCAACAAAGGAUAAGCAACAAGAAGCUUAACAAGCUUAUGGUGGAUUUUAGAAGUGAAGUCGAAGUUGAAUGAUGUACACCCAUUCAAACAAGAAAAAAGGUUGAAGGUUUGAAGGGGUUGUGAUCUAGAUUCGUCAAUCAUAUAUUUUUUUCUUUAAUUUUGUGUACCUUUAAUUAGCCUAAUUUUAGUUAUCAAUCUUGAAAAGAAAAGUGAUGAAGAAAAGAUUGUGAAGUGUAAAUGGCUUAGUGAGACAUUAUUGAGGAUUUUAAUGAGAUUAUUGAUCAAGUAAAAGUUCUAUGAUUAAAAUUA